AUGUUUAGGUUCCAGUACAAGACCCAAGUGCCCCUAAGGUGUGGCCCAUGUAAGGUGAUGGCUCCAAGAUUUCGAGAAUUGUCGGAGAAGUAUAUUGAUGUUGUCUUUCUAAAGCUUGAUUGCAACAAAGAUAACAAGCCAUUGGCGAAGGAGCUUGGGAUUAGGGUGGUUCCUACAUUCAAGAUUCUCAAGGACAGUAAGAUUGUUAAAGAAGUCACAGGAGCCAAAUUUGAUGAUUUAGUUAUUGCAAUUGAGAGUCCAUUGGCGAAGGAGCUUGGGAUUAGGGUGGUUCCUACAUUCAAGAUUCUCAAGGACAGUAAGAUUGUUAAAGAAGUCACAGGAGCCAAAUUUGAUGAUUUAGUUAUUGCAAUUGAGAGUGUUAAAUGCAGUCAAUGA